AGACACUCCUUUCACAGUAAAUAUCCACCGCCCCCCGCCGCUCUCUCCUCCUCUCCGUCUUCAAGAAUUCCGUCUCCUCACCGUCGAUUAUCCACCAACUCGUUCUUUCUCGUACCUGAAACCCUAAUCUUUGUAUUCGAAUUCUCAAUCAUGGGCGAGGAGGCGGGCAGCGAUGACGAAUUCGACCGCCUCUCGGCUGCCGACGAUGUAAGCAGCGGCGGCGACGACGACGACGACGGCAGGGUUCUCGAGUGGGAGCUCGGCCUCCCUAGCGGCGAGGAGCUCACUCCACUGUCCCAGCCCUUGGUACCGCCGCAGCUUGCCUCGGCUUUUAGCGUCAAGCCAGAGCCCGCCCGGACUGCGCUCGACGUCCAUCGGGCCUCCCAGUCCACCAUCUUCGGCCUCCGCCGCGUCGCCCCCUCCUCCGAUGCCUUCGCCGCCUUCAGAUCCUUCUCCCCCUUCCCGCCCGCCGCCGCUGAUGAAACCGUGGCCUUUGAGGGCGACGAUCCGGUGGUCGCCGGUGAGUCUUCAGGCAAAAUCCCACUUUUUGGGCCCAUUUCCCCCUGCGCUGAAUCGCCGGAGGCGGAACCGUCUACUCCCCAGCCGGACGAUUCGAGCGACGACCACUCCGCGAGGGCCCUGAAGCGGCCGCGCCUCGUCUGGACGCCGCAGCUCCACAAGAGGUUCAUCGAUGUGGUCACCCAUCUGGGGAUCAAGAACGCGGUGCCGAAGACCAUCAUGCAGCUGAUGAACGUGGAGGGACUGACGAGAGAGAACGUCGCGAGCCACCUCCAAAAGUAUAGGCUUUACCUGAAAAGAAUGCAAGGAAUCCCAGACGAGGGGCCCUCGCCAUCGGAUCACUUGUUCACCUCAACGCCGCCGGCGACACAGAGUCUUCACGAGCAACAUGUCCACACGCCCAUGCGGUAUGCCAUGCCGGCUAUGUUCUCAAUGCCAGUCUUUGGAAUGGCUCCUCCACAUGGACAUGGUCGUCCGAUCACAAUGGUGCCGGCUGUACACAAUCACGGAAAUGGAGCUCAUCAUGCGUUUGAGCCACAGCAUCCUUAUGGAGCUUUCAGCGAGCGGCACAAGGAUUGAUUGCUACUUGAUCACACUAUGAUGUGCUUAAAUGGUGAAUGAAGGACUCCUAAUUUGACAGGAAUACGGGAAGGCCUAGAUGGUUACGGCUUAGGUUAUGAAUUAUGAACUUGAGCUUGUCUUUUGAAGUCUAAAAGAAAUGUUAGCAAUAUCAGAGUCAAGAAAUCAUGCCUAUACAAUUGAGUCAAUAGAUGUUCUGUUUUUCUGCCAGUUUCCAAAUAUUGUUGAUAUUUGGUUCGAGUAGUUUUGAAAGGGGAACGCUUCCAUAGAAAAAAACCGGACUCAUGCUAUCUGGUUAUUGCUGUAUUAAUUCACCGUUAAUGCUGCUUUAUAUAUUAUUUAAUGAUCUUUGUACACAAA